AUGAACACCAACAAUAACGAUAAUUCCGUCCUCAAAACCCUAGACAAGCAAUCUGAAUCAUCUCAAGAGAUUAUUCAAGCCAUUGUUAAUGAUUCAAAAGAUUAUAAGAAACUUUUUCAGCAAAUUGAUACCCACAAAUCUGGAGAAAUCAGUUUAGAUGAGUUUGAAACUGCUUUGAAAAGCUAUGAUCAUCCAAUAAAAGAGAAUCCUGAAUUGAUAAGAAGAAUAUUCAAUAGUUUUGAUAUCAAUCAUGACAAAAAAAUCGAUUAUAAUGACUUUAAAAAUUACUUGAAAUCCACCGAUGAACAAAUUUUAAGAGGGUUCAAAAAUAUUGAUAUAGAUAAUGAUGGUAAAAUCACUAAGAAGGAUUUAAUCAACUACUUGAAAGAAUCACUUGGCUUGAAACCUUCAAAAGAUGAUAUUGAUGUGGUGUUUCAUCAAAUAGAUACGGAGAAUUUAGGGUACAUUACAUUUAAUGAGUUCAGAAAUUACCUUUUAUUGGUGCCUAGACUUCAUGGAUCGAGAAUUAAAACAGCUUUCCAGUAUAUUGUUGAGGAAUUGGAUUUAACUUCAGAUGGGGAUGUUACUUUAAUCAACCAGUUCUUAUAUGGAUUUGGUUAUUUCUUAGCUGGAGGUAUUUCAGGAGUGGUUUCAAGAACUUGUACGGCACCUUUUGAUAGAAUUAAAGUGUUCUUGAUUGCAAGAACGGAUUUAUCUUCAACUGUUCUUCAUUCUAGAAAAGAAAUAGCUAAACAUAUCACCAGUAGUGGUAAACACACGAUUUUGGAAACUAUCGAAACUAUGGAUUUACCAAUUCAAAAAACCAUCAGAUCGCCAAUAAUUCAAGCUGCAAGAACUAUUUGGAAACAAGGAGGGUUUAAAGGGUUUUAUGUGGGUAAUGGUUUAAAUAUUCUUAAAGUUUUCCCUGAAAGUGCUAUGAAAUUCGGUUCAUUUGAAGCAGCCAAAAGGUUUUUCGCAAGCAUAGAAGGUAUUGAAGAUACUACCAACUUAUCUAAGACAUCGACUUAUUUAGCUGGUGGUUUAGGUGGGGUUGUUGCUCAAUUCACGGUAUAUCCUAUAGAUACUUUAAAAUUCAGAGUUCAAUGUUCAAAUAUUGAUUCAGGAAUCCAUGGUAAUCAACUUUUGGUUAACACUGCCAAAGAAAUGUUCCAACAAGGUGGUUUAAGAACUUUCUAUAGAGGUAUAAUAGCAGGAGUAGGAGGUAUUUUCCCUUAUGCAGCUUUGGAUUUAGGGACUUUCACAACCAUGAAGAAAUGGUUAGUAAGAAGAGAAAUGGUUAAACAUAAUAUUGCUAACGAACAAGAUGUUAAGUUGCCUAAUUAUAUGGUAUUGACCUUAGGGGCGUUAUCAGGAUCUUUCGGAGCAACUAUGGUGUAUCCUAUUAAUCUUUUAAGAACAAGAUUACAAGCUCAAGGAACUUAUGCCCAUCCAAAUACUUAUGAUGGAUUUUUUGAUGUGUUACAGAAGACCAUCAAAAAUGAAGGAUACCCAGGAUUGUUCAAAGGGUUAGUACCCAACUUAGCCAAAGUAGCCCCUGCGGUGUCGAUAAGUUACUUUAUGUAUGAAAAUUUAAAAACCUUAUUUGACUUGGAGGUCAAUAAGUAA